GUACCACGACCUAUCUUAUUCUUAUAUCUGUAUCAGUUUAUCACUGCAAGAGCCGUCCUACCACACUUGCGUUUCCCUCCUUCAAUUGAAGCGACUUUCCUUCAUGGAGAAUUCGACAUUACCUGCUCCCACAUUUACGGAAUUCAAGUUCAGAGACAUCGGGCGGGCUCCUGCGCUGCUUCAUCGCUUUACUUCUACUCACUUGGGUGGGAUUGAGCAUUCUCCAUCCCCAAGUCCACCACCUGAGGAGCAUGCUGGUGCACCCAGCCCGUCCGUUUCCAUAUCUCGGCCGACUUUAAUGCAAGUCCUUGGAACUUGCUCCAGCGACGUCGAUGUUGCUGGAGUGGCGGCAUCCACUUCGGGUGAUACCAUUCCGGGGCUCGCACUGCAACCGUCGCCCAGCAUCACCCCUGAAGCUGUACCUUCUGUACCAACCUCCUCCAUUGACAAUGCUUUAUUAAAUACAUCUGAAUGGCAGCUCCGAUAUCCAUCCUCUGAGCCACCGAAGUCUGACCCGCAUACUACCCAUCCCUCUUCCACACCGCUGCCUGCCCCCACUACAGAUGCCGUCCGUGCCACUUCACAUGAUUCGGAAUCGCAAGCAGAGAAUUCUUUGGCGACUUUGAUCAAGCUCAAAGACCAGCUCUUGUCUUCGUUGGCCUUCUACACCCCUCCAAACCCAUCCACUGUGUUUCUUCUUGCCAAAGCAUCCUGCGAACAGUCUUCUGCCGCCCUCGAUGCCGCACAACGUGCUCAUACAUUGGCACAGCAGUUGUUGAGUUCUGUUCAAGAAUCUGUCAAUGUUGCUCAAGAGGCACUUUGCGCCGCUGAACGGGCCCAUUCGCUAGCAGAGGAUGCAACAGUUGCCAUGGAAAAGCUCAAAACUGACAAUGAGCCAUGGAAGGUCCUGGAAGAAACCAUUAGAAGUGAGAUUGCGUCUUUGGAUCAGUGGAUAAUGUCGGAGAAGUCUAGGUUAUUAGCCGAGACGAGAAGACUUGCCAAUAGUGCACGGAAUUUGGACUCCGGCAAUAACGCCUCGCGUAAGACACUGUUCGCCCCUAGGGCUACCCAACUAUCGCGAGACUUCGUAAACAGUUUCGAACCGCUCCCUGACAGCGACGUUGUUAUGGGCUCUCCCGACGAUCAUAAUGUACAACUCCAUCAUGAUGAACCAGUGGCGCCAGACGAUGGCUUACGUCGCCGGCAGGAGAUACAAUGCAGGCUUGAUGAAGAAAUGGCCGCCGCCGAGGCCAAACGCGUGGAAGACGAAGUGCGAGAUGUGGCAUUGCGUAAGGACGAAGAGGAACGGCUUAAGAGGGUGAAGGACGCCGAACUUGCAGCUAGGCGGGCCCGAGAAGAGGAAGAGGCUGAAAUCUUGCGGGCGAGAGAACAGCGAGACAAGGAAAAGAAACAACAGGCUGAAGAUACAGAGGCUCGAAGGGCUGCACAGAAAAAAGAACGACGCGAGGCUGAGGAAGCGCUGGCUAACAGAAGCAGAGAGGUUGAGAGGAGACGGGCGCUCGAGUUGAAAAGACACCAGGAUUUACUAGCUGAGCAGAAGAAGCAGCGUGAAGAGGUGCAGCGCGCCAAGAUGCAAUAUAAUCGGGUACAGGCCGCUCGGAUAAAUGCAGAGAGAGCGAAGGGACCGUCUACAGACAAUGUGACCAGCUCUCCUCCGCCUCCUCAUACUAGCUCGGCAAUUCAGCAGUCGAAUGGGCUUCCUCAUCCUUCUGCUUCGGAAGCAAUAUCUAUGAAUGCAGCACCGAUAAUACUUUCCUCCCAACCUCAGGUGUCUUCUAUACCAUCAUCUUCGCUUCCUAUGCGUCGGCCUGCUACAUCACCGGCGCCUGCUAGCACGCAAAUUGGAAGUACUGGAGUCCAACAGAUUGUAGAUGUUGCCUUACCUGUGCAGGCAGUCAAGGAGCUUCCCGAGAAAGGGAACCGUCAGGCGCACUCAGGCGACGUGAAGUUGGGAACAAUCUCUACACCUAGCACCGACCCGCCGCCGUCUUUAAUCCACACUACCUCUCUUGGACUACGACCACGUGUGCCUGCGACGUCGCCGGUGCCUUCGACUCUGCCGCCAACGGAUGCCAUCAGAAUGACGCAUACCUUCCCGAGCAUGCCCAACUCAAAAGUCUUAUCAACAGCUUCCACCAUUAUCGAUUCGCACACAGGCACCUUUGCAUCCCAAAAGCCUACAUCCGCUGACAAGCACAGUGUUCCCCCCAUUGACCAUCUUCCUCAAACUCCUCUCAGCCCACCAGAUUCUGAGACCAUGGUGCCAUGUUUCUCCUCAGACAAUGGCAAUGUUCCCAUUGUCAAGAUGGAAGACAUGGAUGAGCUUUUUCAUGUACAAGAGGCCAAUAUUCGGCAUAUCCGAGAGCGGAGUCGCGUCGACGCGUCGCAGAUGGCGAGAAUAGAGGAAGUCAGCCGUCAGAGUAUUAACACCGUCUCUCAGCCUCCAAAGAUUGCAGAUGCUGUUUCUGUUUUCUCACCGCCUGUCCAAAAUUCUCUUCCUCUCAAUGCUGUGCCUGUCUCUACUCUACCUCCUUCUUUUGGCUCCAUACGGACCCCAGAUGUUCUUGCCUCUCAGAAGAUUGCUGCCCAAAUGCCCGUGAAUCCUGUUGAAUCAAUGCCUGCUGCUGCACCAAACCCCCCUACUUUGUUCCGGAAGCCCCAAAAAGGCAAGGCUUCUAAAGCUUCUCCAGCGGAUCAAAUAAGCUCUCAGCCUUCCCGAGGGGACCAAAAAGCAUCCUCAAAAAAUGAAUCAAUGCCUCCGACCAACCCAAAGGUAGCAUCGGCCCCAAUCAAUCAGAAGGCACCAGCAAAGGAACAAGCACCCGUUGCGGCCGCUUCUUGUCCUUCUCCCAACGCCGCUCCGGCAGCGAAGCCUUCCACUCAGAAGAAAACGCCCACAAAGCCACGAUCAGCAUCGCCACUGACAGUUCAGACAGACCACGGACGCGCCACUCAUAUCCAAUCUUCAUACCAAUCAGGCCCUUCGACGUCUCGCGCACCCGAACCACGUGGACCAUCGCCGAUGGGACCGGCAGGUUUUCCUAGUGACAGCGGAUGGCACAGUGCUCGCCCUGUCGACGAAAAUGCCGCUCACGAGCGUCGUUCGUAUGAAUCUGACCGAUAUCCGUCUUCAUCCCACAGACGCGGAUGUUUCUCUCCCGCUCAGGAUUAUCCCAACGAGUCCAGUUCCAACUCUUACGAUAGGCGUUAUGAUCAUUACUCUCCCCCACCUCCACCGAGUCCCCGAGGCGGGUUCAUGUCUCCGAUGCCUCGCUCUCUUUCGCCAACUCCUGGUAUGAAGCGGAGGCGAGAAGAUUCUGCCUUUAUUCGCAAUCGUCGUCAGAGACAAGACGUUGAUCCUUACAGCCGUGAACCAAGGUUAAGAGCAAGAGGCGUACCUCCACGACCCCAGACACCCCCUGCUGCUUGGAACCGGGACAUCUCUCCACCCUCUCCACCUCCGACAUUAGUUUCAAGACUAGGAGUAAACGCUGGUGAUCCUGCUGUCGCAGAUUACGACUACUCUGCCGUUACCACUUAUCCAUCUACAUAUUCCUACAAGACCAGCCGUCGACCUGACAGUCUACCUCCUCGGAGCAGCAACGACAGCAAGAAUCCUCAGCUACUUGGACGACUUAGUAAUGUAUUCGGGAAACCCCCUCCUUCUCAACCAAUGCGCGGUCGUAGAGGUCGAGGUGGAAAUCCUAAACCCUGUUUGGCUGCUCGUAUAGGUAACGCUGGUAUCAAUGACUCUUAUUGAUGAAGUGAGUUCGAUAUGUUGUAACCAUGCCGGCGAUUCGAAUAUAUUUAACUGAUUCAGACAAUUAGAUGUAUAUAAGUAU